AUGCAAAAGUACCAAUCCCGCAACGUCCUUGGCCUCGCUAUAUUCCUCGUGCCAUGUAGCGCAUGCAUCGGCAAAAAAAAGAAGACAAGAGGCUGCUUCAACGCGAUCGCAAAUUUGCGCCACGCUGACUCAAUCGCGUCGCCAUGCACGCACUCAAACCCUGCAUCGCACCAUCAUCCUCACGACUCUUCAACACAAUUGUCGUUCACCGACGACAACAUGUAG